CUCUUUUCUUCCUACGACAAAUCUAGGCAAUGUUUUAGCAGUUUAUAUAUAAAGGCCAAAAUUUGUAUCCCACAGUGUUUCAAACAAACACUUCUAGAGUUCUUUACUUUCCUGUGGAUUUCUCAUCAGAGGGUUUUGUUCUUGGAUUCAAUUGGGUGUCUUUUUUUGGGGGGAGGUGAUGGGUCCUGUAAGAGGGUUAAAGAAAAGAAGGAAGAUAGAGAAGAAACCUGAAGAAAAUGCUUCUGAUUCUUCAGAGAAGGAACGAUCUAUUGAUUGGUGGGAUGAACUUUCCAAGAAGAUGAAUGGUAUUCGAUCGCCAUCUAAAGGUCUUGAUAAGUUCAAAUCUGUUUUCAAAAUCUCUAGAAAAACCUUCAACUACGUAUGUUCACUUGUGAAGGAAGAUAUGAUGGCUAAGCAAGCAAAUUUUACAUUUUCAAAUGGUAAACCUGUGCCUUUUGAAGAUCAAGUAGCAGUAGCUUUGAGAAGGCUAAGCUCCGGUCAAUCACUAGUGACGGUUGGUGAUUCGUUUGGGCUCCACCACUCAACUGUCUCUCAGUUGACCUGGCGCUUUGUGGAGGCUAUGGAAGAAAGGGGUCUUCACCACCUGCAAUGGCCUACUGAAGCUGAAAUGACAGGAAUAAAGUCGAAAUUUGUAAGGAUUCUAGGUCUUCCUAAUUGCUGUGGUGUGAUCGACACUACUCAUGUUAUGAUGUGUUUGCCUUCAUCAGAUCCUGCUAGUAAAGUGUGGCUUGACCACGAGAAGAAUCACAGCAUGGUUUUGCAGGCAAUCGUGGACCCUGAAAUGAGGUUCAGGGACAUAGUAACCGGGUGGCCAGGUAAAAUCGAAGACUGGUUGGUGUUUCAGAGUUCAAAUUUCUACAAACUGUGUGAUAAAGGAGACAGGUUGAAUGGGGAAAAGCUAGAGCUCCCGGAAGGAUCGGAAAUAAGAGAAUACAUAAUAGGAGAUUUAGGCUAUCCUUUAUUACCCUAUCUUGUUAUACCUUACGAGGGGAAGGAACUACCGGAAUUAAGAGUAGAGUUCAAUAAAAGGCAUUCCGCAACUCGGCUGGUGGCACACAGAGCAUUCUCAAGGCUCAAAGAAAUGUGGAAGAUCAUCCAAGGCGUGAUGUGGAGACCCGACAAACAUAAGUUGCCAAGGAUCAUCCUGGUUUGCUGUUUGCUUCAUAACAUUGUUAUUGACUUGGAAGAUGAUGUGCAAGAUGAAAUGCCAUUGUCUCAUGAUCACGAUUCCGGCUACCACCAACAGACUUGCGGAUCUGUUGACAUCAAUGGUGUUCACCUGAGAGAUAAACUCUCUCUCUACUUAUCUGGGAAAUUGCCACCUUAAUUGUAUUCCAUACACACACACAUGCAUUUUAUUCAAGUUAACUUACUUUCGUUUGAAUUAAAAUUGUAAAAGUUAACAUAACCAUUGCAUUUGUUUGAGUCUCGUCAUCACAAGGGCUUAUUACCCAAUCAAAUGGAAUCAAAGUCAUUGUCUAAAAUGUCCCUGUUGUAUGAAGAGAGAAAGACCAGAUAGUCCAAAACAGGAUGACAUG